GGGAACCGGUGACAGGAGUCUAUGGGACUGGUGGUUCUGAACCUCUCUUAGUGACGACAGUAUUACUUGAGUGGAGAUUCUGCAAAAAACGUGAUCAGGGAGAUGGACUACACUUUUAUAUUGGGAGCAUACUCCUGUCUGUUCUGGACUGGUUCAGCCAUAGAAUUCCUGGAGAAUUGGGCAACGCCAAAUGGGAAGCAAUACAGGAACUCGUCGGAGGAGUUCUAUGUGGCUGACUUCGCGGAAUGCAACAUCUGCCUCUGGAAAAAGGAAUCCCAGACGCGCACCAUCCUUAUAUUCAAGGAAUUUGGCGGUUCCUGUCAGCUGGUGUACGAGAGGAAGGCCCAAUUGGUCCCACCGGAAGGGUUCCAGGCGUACGUCGAAUGAGAUGCCGAGAAUAAACAAGAGAGGAAGCAAGAGGAGCAGGAGACAGUGUAGAAAAUAUACAGGAAUGGAUUUUUCCUUUUAUUUGUCAAAUCUUGGGGAUUUCUCCUUCUAUGGAAUUAUUUGUGCUUGAAAGAAUAUACUUAAAGUCGAGGGCUCAUCGAGCACCUAUGUGCCUUCAAUUAUCUCCUCAAUUUUCUUCUCAAUUAUCUUAUGUUACAUGCCAUUGAACUUUUCUUUCAUUUUUCUUCAUUCUGAUAUGUCUGCUUGAGUCUUUCAUCCCUGUUCCCUGUUAAAGCAAGCGACACCUCAGAAAUAUAAAUGCG